AAUUCUAAGUCGGUUUGCAGCUCGUUGUCUGAGUGCAGGGUGGUUCGGGUUGUGAACGGGUAUUCCCAAAGAGGCUGAUUUAGUUUAGAUCAAAAGGUGGUGUAGUUAUUGCAGAAAGACCCUUCAUACUUAUCUAUAGCGUGAGCCUGCUGUGGUUAGUAACUUGCUUGGCAUUUUGUGAGCAGCUGACUGGAGUUAAUCCAAGUCCCCGCCCUCACGGAACUCAACUGGCUUGGGGAAGGUUGGUGCGCACACAUUAAAAUUAAUAUUGACACUGGUGGGUGUCCCAGUCAAGAGCCGCAAGCUGUCAAAUUCCCUAGUUGAAUUUGCUCUGGACAGCAUUUUGAAGCAGAUCUGAUAUGCCCCUUGAAUUAAUAAAAGAAGUGAAUGGAGUGCCCGAAGUUGAGCUGCUAAGUGAAUUAAACAAAGUAGAUUUCAGAUCUCUACAGCCAGGUUGUGAUUAUAGCAAGAAAUACAUCCAGGGAAAACUCUCAAUUAUCUCUUCUUUAACUUCUGGUGGAAAUAGAACAGCUGUUUUGAAGAUUGCAUUACAAGAACAAGAAAAUUCAGAUUCAGACAUCAACACCAUCAAUGUAUUAUUUUUUGGAAAAUUAGCAAAGGACUGUGCAAAAGUUUUCUAUGAAGGGGACACCAUUGCAGUGGCAGGAUUUUCUGUCUUGUCAGCAUCUUCAUCUACAGGCAGAGACGGUAAACAUUGCUUAUUUUUGAAAGCAUUUGAGGACUUCAGAUCAACUGUUUAUGUUUAUGUUAAAUCCGUAAGAGAUUUUUCUACAGAAUCAAUGUCUUUGGUUCCAACAACACAUUAUAUAUAUACACCCCUGAAUCAACUUAAGGGUGGUACAAUCGUCAAUGUCUAUGGUGUUGUCAAGUUCUUUAAGCCUCCAUAUCUAAGCAAAGGAACUGAUUAUUGCUCAGUUGUAACAAUUGUGGACCAGACAAAUGUAAAGUUAACUUGCCUGCUCUUCAGUGGAAGUUACGAAGCCCUACCAAUAAUUUAUAAAAAUGGAGAUAUUGUUCGCUUUCACAGGCUGAAGAUCCAAGUAUAUAAAAAGGAGACUCAAGGUAUCACCAGCUCUGGCUUUGCCUCUUUGACAUUUGAGGGAACUUUGGGAGCUCCUAUCAUACCCCGUACUUCAAGCAAGUAUUUUAACUUCACCGCGGAGGACCACAGAAUGGUAGAAGCUUUACGUGUUUGGGCAUCUACUCAUAUUUCACCUUCUUCAACAUUAGUAAAAUUGUGUGAUGUUCAGCCCCUGCAGUAUUUUGACCUGACUUGUCAGCUCUUGGGCAAAGCCGAAGUGGAUGGAGCAUCAUUUCUUCUAAAGGUAUGGGAUGGCACCAGGACCCCAUUCCCAUCUUGGAGAGUCUUGAUAGAAGACCUUGCACUUGAAGGAGAUUUAAGUCACAUCCAUCAGCUACAGAAUCUAACAAUAGACAUUUUAGUCUAUGAUAAUCAUGUUCAAGUGGCAAAAUUUCUGAAGGUUGGAAGCUUUCUUAGAAUUUAUAGCCUCCAUACCAAACUUCAAUCAGUGAAUUUGGAGAACCAAGCAACAUUGUUAGCUCUAGAGUUUCAUCUCCAUGGGGGUACCAGUUAUGGCCGGGGAAUCAGAGUCUUGCCAGAAAGUAACUCUGAUGUGGAUCAACUGAAAAAGGUUUUAGAAUCUGCAGAUUUGACAGCCGGUCAGUGUUUUGAUGGUAUAUGUCAGUCAGAACAUGAGGACAGCUUUCGGUCUCUUUCAAGCUCUGGAUCAGUAUCACUGUAUGAGGUAGAAAGAUGCCAGCAACUAUCAGCUACAAUACUUACAGAUCAUCACUAUUUGGAGAAAACCCCACUAUGUGCUAUUUUGAAACAAAAAGCUCCUCAACAGUAUCGUAUUCGAGCAAAAUUAAGGUCAUAUAAGCCCAGAAGUCUCCUUCAGUCUGUUAAACUUCAUUGUCCUAAAUGUCAUGCACUGCAAGAAGUUCCACAUGAGGGUGAUUUGGAUAUAAUUUUACAAGAGGGUGCAACUAAAAUCCCAGAUACUAAACUACAAAAUACAUCAUUAUAUGAUUCUAAAAUGUGGACCACUAAAGAUCAAGGAGAACGAAAAGUAGCUGUUCAUUUUGUAAAAAAUAAUGGUAUUCUCCCACUUUCAAGUGACUGUCUGAUUUUGAUAGAAGGAGGAACACUCGGUGAAAUCUACAAACUCGCAAAUAAGUUUCAUAGUGUAAUUCCUGUGAGAUCUGGCUAUGAAGACCUGGAAGUCCUUGAUCUUUCAGUACCAUUCCUUAUACAAGGAAAAGUACAUCACUAUGGAUGUAAACAGUGUUCUACUUUGAGACCAAUACAAAAUCUAAAUUCUCUGGUUGAUAAAACACCUUGGAUUCCUUCUUCUGUGGCAGAAGUGCUGGGUAUUGUACCCCUUCAACAUGUGUUUGUGAUGACAUUUAUUCUUGAUGAUGGAACAGGGGUACUGGAAGCUUAUCUCAUGGAUUCUGACAAAUUCUUCCAGAUCCCAGCGUCAGAAAUCCUCAUCAAUGAUGACCUGCAGCAAAGUAUGGAAAUGAUCAUGGGCAUGUUUUGUCCUUCAGGAACAAAAAUUGAUGCAUACCCAUGGUUGGAGUGCCUCAUCAAGUCGUAUAAUGUCACAAGCGGAACAGAGCAGCAGAUUUGCUAUCAGAUUUUUGACACCACAGUUGCGGAAGAUCUAAUCUAAUAUUGUCAUUUAGCUUAGCACAUGUAAAAUACUAUAAUUUUAGAAAACAUCAUUUUCUGUGAGAUUAUUAUAAAGAUUUAGCUGUAUAGUUUAUUUUCUACUUUAACCACAAUUUAAAAUUCUUUUGGCAAAUAGACAUUGUGUUAUCAAAUGCCUACUUGUGGGUAAGUUAAAAAUGGUCCCGUUGCUCAAAAUUUCCAGUAUGAUGGCUGCUAGGGAUAUAAAGGAAGAAGUGGAAGAAAUAAGGACUGUGUUUUCAUUUACCCCUUGCAGCCCUUUCAGAGAAGCUGUUUUGUUAUCCUGCUCUAAGUUUGUUUUUUCCAUAUGUCAGCCACUGAUUUCUCUGCCAGCCAUCAUCCUAGGCCUUCCUUCCUUCCUGCCCUGAUUUUUGUAUCAGCAGUGUUAAUGAUUUUAGCACAGGUAUGGGGUUAGAAAAUGUCCUUGCAUUAAAUUACUCAGCUUUUACUGAGUGCGAGGGGUGUAGCAGCUGAGUCGUUUUGUUUUGUUUUGUACAAAGGGAUCUGCUUAAACAAGCACUCUUGUUGAGAAGUGCUCUUCUGAGUGAGCUACAGCAUACUUAAAGGAAUGAUUUACUUUAAGUGUACGUGGCAGAAUUGCUUUCUUUCGGUACUAUUGACCAAUUUAGGAUAAAUCCAUUUCUUAAGACCUGAAUUAUGUUCUUUUGAUUGCUCGUUUCUCUACAUGAAGUUAUUGCAUUCCACCUCGAUCUAAUAAAGCAGUCAGAUUUAUAAUGUUAGUGACUUAUAUUACCAUUUUUUAAUAGUCUUAUGUAAUGUGUACUUAUAUUUCAGGUUGAACACAAAAUGAGAUAUUAACUCAGUAUCAUAGUCCACUUUUUACCUGACAGUGUUUGUGAAGUUCAAAAUCAUGAAUAUUCAGUUUUAUACAAAUACUUCCAUGUAUUUGUAUGUAUGUAUAGAUUUAUGUAUAUUAUUUGGUAAAGACUAAGACAUACAGAUCUGCCUAGUUCAGUAUCAGUGAAGAAUAAAUUAACGCACAUAUUUCAGCUGUUUUCUUUGUUUGCCCUGUGUUGAGUUGAGACAUGACUGGAGGCAAAGAAAGCAGGAAUGUCACUAUAAUAGAUAUUUAGGACCGUCUAUACACUAGGUACUGUACAAAGCAUUCAACAUAUAUUUGAGUUUCAUAAAAACCCAUUUGCCUAAUAAAACUGAUUUCCUGAUAAAACUUGAUUGAGAAGCUGACUUCACUAAGUUCACACAAUAUGCUAGUCAGUACUCUCAUUCAGGUAAUCUGUGUUCAGAGGCUGUUCUGCUAACCACUCUAGGAUUCUGGGGCAAAAGCUAGCAUGGGUUUUCUACAACUGCGUCCUCUCUUAAAUAUUUGAAAUGACGUUGGAAGCAGAUUAUGAGAGGAGUCAGUGUUACAUUUUCUUACCCUAUCAAAAAGCUUUUAACAUUUUAUUGGCAAAAAGGGUCAAAUACCUGAUUUCCUGUGUUUAUAAUAACUCUAAAUUAUUUUUUUAAUGUUUAUUUAUUAUGAGAGAGAGAGAGCGAGCAAGCAGGGGAGGGGCAGAGAGAGAGGGAGUCAGAGAAUCCCAAACAGGCUCCACGCUGACAGUGCCUCAUGCCCAGCCCAAAGCCCAACGUGGAGCUUGAACUUACAGGCUGUGAGGUCAUGACCUGAGCUGAAAUCAAGAGUUGGAUGCUUAAUCGACUGAGCCACCCAAGUGCCCCAAUAACUCCCAAGUUCUAGUUCCUGAGUAAAUUAGCCCAUCCCCCAACCUAACGACCCAUCUCCCAUCACUGAAUUACCAGCUUUUUGGAGAUGGUGAAAGAAGCUGAUGCUGCUUUUUGGGGGGAUAUAAUCACUUGGUUCAAAACAUCUUCAGGGAAAUGUUUUAAGAACCGUAUAGAUGAGUAGAUUUCAGUACCAAUGGUAUACUGAGGAUACAAAGGUGAGAGAGCCAGUUUCUCUACAGGAAAUGCCCAGAAGAGGAGAGGUCAGAAGGUAGGGCAGGUCACAGUGCUCGCUCCAAGUUAUCAAAGUCAGAUGCCUCAUAUGAGUCUUUACAGUGAUAGGUCACUUCUCUCUUUUCUGUUUUUAAAUAGCCCCCCACGUUGUCAUCAUUUGUUUUCUUUUUUAACUUUUUAGCUUUGAACAAACAAGAAGAGUUCUGUCAACACCUAGUGUUUGUCCAGCUGUGAUGCAUGCGCCAUACCUGAAUCAGGAAUCCAGAAUGCUAGGAGGAUUCUAUUUCUGGAGCAACAAGUAGACAGUAGUUCAUUGUGCCCUGAUUUGAGCCAUGUCCUCUUUAUUGUCCAUGUGAAUCCUGGUACCUUUCCGGUCAGACUCAGAAUUACAUAAAUUUAAGAAAAUGGUUUGUGUACAGCCUCUUUGCUCAAUUUCCAGUCCCUGCAGCAUCCAUUAGAUACUACCAGACUGUCUCUUAUAGCCCCUGCACUGUUUCGUGGGAGGAAGAGAAGGCGUAGCCUAGACAGUCUGAGGCAGUUGAUUAUACAGUAAUGAGAGGUGUACUGCUCACACGCUCUUUCCUCUGUCCCUACCCUCCAUUUUACUGCUUUCUUUGGGGGAACUCUACAGGCCGAGAUGCAAUGCAUCAUUCCCCCUCUUUUUUUUUUUUUUUUUUUUGAAACCCCUGGUCAUGUUGCACUUCGGGAGUUGUUUCUGAAUGAAUAUAGAAAGACUAGUGUUGAAAUAGGAGCUGAAGACCCCUCUGUCUCCCUGAGAAAGCCGUCUCCACGCACUAGGGCACCGGCUGCCCAGGUUUUGAGUCCAUCUAUGUCCCGUGCUGCCACUUUUGCAGGUCACAGGGAUGGACCAGAAUCCUUCACCGGCUGUGCUGUUUGGUUUCCAAAGUUAAAGCAUGAGUUUGUCACGACUUGUGACUCUCAUUCCAGCCAAUUCUCUUCUACACUUUCUGGAAGCUUUCCUUGGGAUCUGGUGAAAUAGCUAGAUUCUUAUUGUUUUCACUGUUUUAAAUUUUGACCAUGUGUUUCAUCAAGUUUUGUUUUUAUCCAGAAUUUUGUAAAAUGAAACCAGUAUGCAUUUGUAAAUAUUGAAGCAACAAAGUAUAUGAAGUUGGACUAAUUCUGACUCUUAACUAGUACCCCAAAGCAAACUACUUUUAACUAUGUGGUGUAUGCUUUUCCAGACUGUUUUCCCUAAGAAUGUGUAAAUAUGUGUAUACAUACGUUUUAAAAAUAACAUCAUGUUAUAAAUAUAUUUCUGCAACUUGCUUUUGUCA